AUGGCAGCUGGCUCUUUGUGUGCUCCCAGGGUGGGAAUGAGCACCCUGGAGAGCAACCAGGGGUCAUGCUGUCAGCGGGAAGGGAGCAAGCCACAAUUUGAAGACCUCAAAGAAGGUUUUCUUCCACUGGAAUCUCCUGCCUACAUCCUGACCAAAUUGCUACAGAAAUACAAGUCUCUGAACAGUGACUUCCCUGAGCCUCUGCUCAGGAAGAAGCAGCAGAGUGAGAAGGAGCAGCAGGCGUCACUGGCUGAGAAGCUCAGGGAAGCCAGAAUCCUAAUUCAAGAUCAGAAGCGGAAACUGUUCCUGUUAAGACAAAAGUUACAUCAUGGGAGAGAGGUGUCCUUUCCACUCAGUGAGCUUCUCCGUGACCUCCUCAAGUUCGAUGACUCUGACAGUGAUCAGGGGCAGGGCCUCCGAGACGAACUUGUUGAGGCGCACAGGCUGGCAGAGCACCUUCUGUACAAGCUCAGCCCUGACAAAGGUGAACGUGCAUUAGGAGAGGAUGAUUUGGUGGAAUCACUGGCCCUAAGAGAGAAUCAACAGAACCUCCAGUCCCGGGACACUGAAGUAUCCAAGAGACAAGGCCAUGGAGAAAAACAGGCCAAGGAGAGCAAGCCACCUGAGAACCUCUCACAUGACCUCCAGUCAGGUGAGGGAAUCAAUUAUCUCUGCUACCACGAAUUUCUCUGA